AUGGCUUCCAAUCCCGAUAUCCACUCCCCUUCCCACAUCCACCCCCAACUCACCGUCGCCGUCUCCCUUAAAAUGUACUUCUCCCUUCUCCAAACAACAAACUACAUACAGUCCUGCACCGCUCUCGCCCCCCUCGCCCUCUCCCGGCACAUCGACCUCAUCAUCAUCCCAGACUUUCUCUCCCUCUCCUCCGCUAGCACCACGAUCCAGCUCUACGCGCCCACCAUCCGAAUCGGCGCCCAGGACUGCUUCUGGGAAGACCGUGGCGCCUACACGGGCGAGGUCUCCCCGGCUUCACUGCACGAGCUCGGGUGCUCGGUCGUGGAGCUGGGGCACGCAGAGCGCCGGCGGCUGUUUGGCGAGGGGGACGCGAUGGUGGCGAGGAAGGCGCAGGCCGCGGAACGGAAUGGCUUGAUGCCGUUGGUCUGCGUGGGUGAGCGCCAGAGGGGGAGUUUGGAGGGUGCGCUGGGGGAGUGCAGGGCUCAGGUUGAGAGUGUGCUGGCUGUUACGCGAGGCGAGGUGAUCUUUGCGUAUGAGCCUGUGUGGGCCAUUGGGAUGGAGGUGCCGGCCGACCCGGAGUAUGUGGUUGAUGUUGCGAAGGGGUUGAGGGCAUUGUGUGGGGAGAGGAAGGUGAGGUUUCUGUAUGGGGGGAGUGCUGGGCCGGGGACUUUUGGGAAGAUGAAGGAGGAGGUUGAUGGAUUGUUUUUGGGUCGGUUUGCCCAUGAUGCUCAGGCGUUAGGAGAGAUUAUUGGAGAGGUGGGAUCUGGUUUUUUGGGGGGCUCUGAUCAGUAG